AUGAAGUCUAAUAAAUACAAUAAUUCGAAAUUUUAUCACCGGUCAUCUUUACAUGCUCGAAUAAAUCGUAACUCUUGUUCUCAAGCGAAUUUGGCUAUUUCUAUUUCCCCUUUAGCACCACCAUCAAAAGGCGUUGGUUUAUGUAAUAAUACUGGCGUGGAUUGUUUUAUUAAUUCUACAUUACAAUGUCUUAUGCACACCCAACCGUUUGCAAAUUUUUUAGAGCGUAAUUUUAGAUGUACAUGUUCUGGUUUCUGCGGAUUAAGAGAGUUGUCUAUUUUACGAAUGUGUGCAUUAAAAGCAAGAUAUAUGAUAAGAAAUAGGGACUUGCAUCGUAAUCUUAAAGUUAUUGACCCAUGUGCGGAUUUUUACCAUCAAAAUGAUGCUUUUCUAUUCCUCUGUGGAUUAAUCUCCAAUCAAAUUGAACGCUGUUGCAAUUCUUUACAAACUACAACUGCUUUUUUUGAUAGGGUAUUUAAAACAACCUGGCGUAAUGAGGUCAUUUGCACAAUAUGUUCGCAUAAGUCUAUUACUUACAAGCAGGAGCAAGCUAUUCAAGUUGGAUUAGGAAAAAUGCUUAUAGACAGUGUUCGAGAUUGGGCCGGUCCUUAUCCACUUCAUGAUUACAAAUGCGACAAAUGUAAUAAUAAUAUUUGCACACAAAAAUGCAAUUUAACUCGUUUACCUGAAAUUUUGAUCAUUCAAGUGAAGCGUUUCUCAUACGAUCGAGGCUUACAACGUUGUGUCAAAGUUAACGAUCAUAUGAGUUAUAACGAAAUUUUGGAUAUGUCUGAAUUUUGUGUGCAUCCGGGAGAAGACGCACGAUACCGACUUUCUGCAUCAAUUGUUCAUGUUGGAAGUUCACCACGAAGCGGUCAUUAUUACGCUUAUGCCAAAACUGCCUCUGGUUGGGUUAAAUUUAAUGAUAGCGCGACGACAAACGUUCUUUUAGAAACUACUCUUAGAGAUAAACCAUACAUCCUUUUUUAUACCAAGCAAAAUACUUCAUCAACUGCUACUAUAUUACCAAAAUCUGAAAUGAAAAUGAAUACAACACCAUGUAAUACUAUCCAACACGUCACCAAACCACAAUUUAAUCAUGUAUCAUUAAAUGAUAAACCUCCUGAUAGUAUUCAGCCAUUAGCAACUGAAAGCAUGGUUUCUAUCAAAUCAACCGAAGAAUGGCAAGUCCAAAAGAACCAGCAAAACGCAUUGUCGAAUUCAAUAAUUAAUAAUCAAUUUUCUAGUGACACACCAAGGACAAUGGUUAAUGAUCGAUUUAUAAAUGAGUUUUGCCAAAUAAAUACUGCUUCGAAUAAACAGAGAUAUGAUGAAAAUUCUCCUACAACAUCAAUCUGUAGUAAAGGACCUAAUGCUAGCAAUACAAACAUAAUUGAGUACGGGCAAUGUCGUUGGGUUGUUGAAAAUGUUCCAUCAAUCAAUUUUUUGAAUAAUGAUUGGAAAAGGAGAUUCUCACGUAAUGGAAGUAACCUAAUUCGCAAGAAACGAAGAAGAUUAUUUAAGAAAAGAGCAUGA